AUGUUAAUCGAAGUUUCAAAGCUGAUAGCUAUACUGUCAACAUGGAGCUCCACCCUAGCAACUAUAGAUGGCAGAUCUUACAUGAACUCUUUAGACAUGAGGAAUUUGAAGGAGAAUAUGUUUGAUCCCUGCAAUCCCCCCUAUUGGUACCCCAGAAACAUUCCUGAAUAUUGCUACUACCGCGUCCCGAACAAACCUGUUCCGGGAAAGACACCCAUAAAAGUUCCUUUACCAGUCCCACUUCCCAUAUUUCCCUCUGUUCCACAUAUGCCCCCUAUUCCACCACCUCCAAUGGCUCCCCCCUUUUUCGUACCUCCCUUGCCAUAUGGCGUACCUCUGGCACCCACAGCUCCUAUGAUCCCAAUGAUCCCGAAUCAAUUCAUGCCCCCCAUUAUGGGACAAUAUCCAUUCCCAGAGCUAUCCCGACCCCAAGCAGCAAUGGUCCCAGGAGUACCAGGCAUGGUAUCGCCAGAUGGCGGUAUUAAUAUCCUACCAUUUUCAGAUGUAUAUUCUGACAUGCUUGAGAAUCAUAGAAAUAAAAUGAUAAGAAAGAAGUUGGAAAGAUUGCUAGACGAAUUCGAUGAAUACCCCAAUCGUAAUACUUAUAAGAGAUUGAAGAAGUAUAGAGAAGCUAUUUAA